GAUGAAUCCAGAUUUAAUGUGCAAUCUAUACUCUUAAGCCUAAUAUUAUCAGCCAUACAUCUAUUUCCCCCAAUAAUAAUUCUUUUAAUAUAGUAAUAUUGAUUCAUUAUAAGUCAUAAAGUGAUGUUUUAGAAGUAGACCCCUACCGUGCCUAUCCCUUCAUAGAAAUACGAUACACCAAUUUUUUUGAAUAAUGGAAUAACUUAGCAGUCAAUUGAAUCUCCAAAUAUGACAAAAACACUCUAAAAUAAUCAUUUAACUGAAGUUGACUUUGAACACUAAGAAAAGUGUUCAUCUAUUUAGGAUGAGUCUCAAUCAAGAGUAAAUGGUACAUAUAAUUUUUAUGCUUAGGACAUUGGACUAAACAAGAACAUUUAUUAUAUCUAGAAUUCGUUAAGAAUCAUGAGUCUAUCCUGAGGUCCAAAUAUGAUAAGAAGUCAAAAAAAAUAUUUAAAUUAAUGAGUCAAUAUAUCCCGACAAGAACAGCCACUCAAUGCAGAUCUCAUCAUUAGAAAUUCAAUCCUUUAACAAAAAGUAAAAAGAAAUGCAGAUAAACAAAUAAGAUUCCAACUGUUAUCCACCCAUGAAA